AUGGGAGGGGAAGGAUUCCUUUUUUUACUUUGUUUUGUCUACGUGGUUUGUCCCGGCCGCGAGCGUCAUGAUACCUUUGGACCACACACACACACAUUACACCCGCAUCGAAUUGACGCGCACAUCUACUCUCUCUUUUUACCAGGUUCAGAUUUGUGGUGUUGUGGUGGUGUUAGCCUCCCAUCCCGAAUUUCUGUUCCCACUCCGAUUGUACGAAGAACACCACCAACCAUCCCCCCAAAAGUAGGAGUCGCAAGGAGAGUCUUCCACUGCCCGACAAAAAAAGGGUCAUGGAGAAUACACAUGUACACAGGCAUAUACUGCAUCAAUCAUACCAACCUUUGUGCUGUCCAACAUUUUGCGUCCUGCAUGACCGUGAUACAUGAUGUAAACAGAAACUCUGACUACGGAGUACUAUCGUCAUUUCCGUGUAAGUGA